UCCCGAUCCCCUGGUACGGUGCAAUCAUCCAUGGCGGCGCUCAGGUACGCGGCGAGGAGGCUUUGCGAGCGGGAGCUCCAUCGAGGUGGAGCGCAGCGGAUUUCGCCUGGCCGCCAGUCCAUAUUCACCUCCCUCGUCGGUGCCAAGCCGAAACCUAGUACUCCAGGGGCUCAGGAAGAACUGAAAAUGCAAUACCAGAAGAAGAAAAACGAGUUGUUCGAUGUGCUCGUGGAGUUGACAAGGACAGGCACGUACCCAAGUCUCUCCUGGAAAGGCUUCCAAGUUAAUCGGCUGAUGACUCAGCUCUCUGCGCAUGUGGAGCCUAGGCCUUAUGACUCUUACUGGCGCAGUUAUCGGUUUGACGCCAGACUCAGUGACUUCACAAUUUCAUACUUAUUUAUAAGUUAUUUAUAUAAAUACUUCUGGGAACCCAAAGAGAAAGAAGAUGGUGCGACAAGCAACAAUAGUGAAGCCAAGAUCCUCCCCGCUGGCGACAAAGACCUAAAUAAUCACAUGAACUAGUACCACUUAUAUGUAAUACUAUGACGUUAAAGGUAUCCUAGUUAGAUUGUUUUCCCUUGUUUUGCUAACGAAAUCACUGUGCACACGACACCUAGGCGGAUGAUUUAUGAAUGAAGCUGUGAUCGAUGACACUAACCCAUGGAGCCAAAGUGACGAACGGUAUUGAUCACGUGUCGUGCAUAAAUUGGCCCCUAAUAUGUCGUCUCUCUUUCGCUAAUGUACUCGCUCUCCCCAUCUUGAAAAA